UCCGUCAGCCAGCUAAUUUUACUUUUAAUUUUCUUCUCGAAUGGCUUGGUUGUUGUUAUCUAGUAGCCUCCAUGUCGACCAUAUCUCUCCCUCACGGCGCUCUGGGUCCUUUUUUCUCUCUGUUCCCCGUCCUUCAGCCUUUCUGUCCAUGAGUCGGCAUCCCUCUCCCCACGCGCUCGUCUCCUCCGACAGUUGCGCCGACUACCUUCUCAUUAACACCUCAGCGUGAGUGGCCGUUGUGUUCGCUUGAAAUUGCCACUUUUUCUCGUCUUGGUCGGCUCCGACACCCCGCGCAUGGCGUUUUCCCGGUCACCAUCUCCCCACCCGCCGGGGGUAGGAGGAUGGUCCAGCCCCGGAUUUACACACGGCAGUGGCACAUCCACGCCUCACAGUGGCUUGCUCUCCCCGACUGCCCUGGGGCCGAGUGGGAUCUCGUGGGCCGUCGCCAAAGCCAAGAGCGACGAGGUGCGAGGCUAUCCAUCCUUCGCAACAAAGAACAACGGAUUCUUCUCGCGGUCGAGGCGCCAGUUGUCUGCGACGCUGCCGCGCUUUCGCCUUGGGUCUGGAUCCCCGAAUGGCUAUGUUGAUAAGGACGAAUUCGGGCGCGGGUACCCGUCUCCUUCAAAGGACGGCUGGCGCUCCUGGGGAUUUGGCAGGGCGGUGUUUCGACGUAGGCGCUUGCGGCUGUUACUGGUUCUGGUCGCUCUCGCGCUCGGAUAUGUCUUUCUGUGGACACGGAUCAUCGAGGCCUACCGGCGGUCAUCCUUGGGUGGUGGGCGCAAGUUCGUCAUCAUCCUGGAGUCGAAUAUCGAAGGGGGAGUGAUGGAGUGGAAGGGCGCGCGGGAAUGGGCGAUCGAACGCAACAGCAUCGGAAACAAGGAUCACUACGCCAAGCAUUGGGGGUACGAGCUAGAGACGGUCAACAUGCUGGCCAAGAAGCGCUAUUCACAUGAAUGGCGUGAAAACUGGGAGAAGGUUGACAUCAUCCGGGAAGCCAUGCGCAAGUACCCCGAUGCGGAGUGGUUCUGGUGGUUGGACCUGAACACCUGGAUCAUGGAGUACUCGUACUCCCUGCAGGACCAUAUAUUCCACCGGCUUGGCGAAAUUGCUUAUCGCGAUAUCAACGUCUAUAACCCACUCGGCAUCAGUCACCCUCUCAACGAUCCUUACUUGGAUCAAGUUUCUCUCUCUCCCAGCGGGGAUAACGAUACGUCCUCGAUCAAUUUCCUACUCUCGCAAGACUGCGGCGGGUUCAACCUCGGGUCGUUCUUCAUUCGGCGAUCUCUCUGGGCGGAUCGAUUGCUGGACGCCUGGUGGGACCCCGUGAUGUACGAACAGAAGCAUAUGGAGUGGGAGCACAAGGAGCAAGAUGCGCUGGAGUAUCUCUACACCAACCAGCCAUGGGUCCGCAGCGGGGUGGGCUUCCUUCCCCAGCGGCACAUCAACUCCUUCCCUCCUGGCGCCUGCGGCGACGGGGGUGACCGGAACGUCCAUUACGACGAGGGAGAUUUCUUGGUCAACAUGGCAGGCUGUAAUUUUGGUCGGGACUGCUGGGGUGAAAUGUACCAGUAUCGCGAGUACAGCAAACAGUUGAAUCGGCCACCGUGGGAGCGGGUCAAGGAACGGCUGAACGAGCUCCGCGACAAGCUCUUUCCUCGCGUAGAAGAGGAGACGCAAUGAUCGGUGUUUACGAUGGGGUUGUGAGGCUUGCAUGAUGGGAGAUGAGGAGUUUGGCGACUACUUGUGCAUUCAUGUGGGACUUUGUGUAAAUUGGCCAGGCGUUUCGGUUUGGCCUUGUAUGAGUAUAUUGCUUGAGGAGGAACUCCGUUAACCUCUUACAUCAUUUAAUUCAAGCGAACUUGACGU